ACAGCAAACGAUUUCACUUUCCAGCUGAUAUCGAAAUUUAAUCCUUCAAGAAAAAGCCGCAAUCGCAGUUUAGGGCUUCAUGGCACGACACGAUGAUAAUUGUCGUCGGCUCCAACUCGUACUCGCAACACAUCGAACUGUCGUCUGGUCUCUCAUAGCUUGGAUUACCUUCAUGGUACCGGUGCUUUCGCAUGCAAUUUAAUAGCGAAUCGGCCGAGUCGGACGACGCCCCAGUUCUCCUCAGAGAUAGAGACUGUCCCAUCCCGGUUAAAUCAGCAUAACCGAGUCAUACUCGUAAUAGAAAAUCCGAUAACUCAUUAUAAGCGGGAAAAUAUAAAAGGCAUCUAGUCUCUCGUUGCAUUGCGUUCAAACCUGCUCCCCUCUCUCUUUCACUGUUCGUAAUGGCGAUAGACCAAAUCGAAGAGGUUAUCAAACCAAUGGAACCUACGAUAUUAGGAUCUCAGUUGUACUACGAGCUUCUACCGACGGAUCUACUGAUUGGACUAUCAGUCGAAACUUUACAUGUCAUUCCAGGACCACUUGAGACUUCUGGUUUUCUAGAUGCGUUGUCUAAGACUUUGUCUGUCUAUCCUUUAUCUGCUGGCAGAUUUGAACCGUCAAGCGAACCUCGGGGCAAAUGGAAGAUUCGUCUGACGAACUCUGGAGUCCCACUCAAAUUCCUCACUAGUAAUGCGGACCAGAUCAUGCCCGACAACAGAGUGAUCCAGAACCAAGGUGUUGCGUCCUUAGUCGAGAAAGUGAAUGUCACCAAGAUCCUCAGGCCAUACAAUGAUGAGCCUCUGGCGCGGUUCACAAUCAUCUAUUUCGUCAAGAUUGGAUAUACUGCCAUCGGAUUUUCUCAAUAUCAUCCCCUUGGUGAUGGCUAUACUGUAAUCAAGUUCCUACGACACCUUUCUCAAAACUACCAACGCUUACCAGAGCUGGACCCGCCUCCUUCAUACGAUCCUCCAUAUUCCCCAACAUCUCCCUAUUUAUAUGGCUACUCAUCUCCGAAAUAUCCACGCGACACGCUAACAACGUACAAUCUUGACUUCCCCAUCAUUGACGGAGGAAUACCUCCACUCAAAGGAAAUCGCAACGAAGAGGCGUCACACGUUGUCAUCCACUUCAAUGCGAAGAUGAUCGAGAAUGUGCAUAAGGCUGUAUUGAGGCUGGCGGAAGCAGAUAAAGGUGAUAAUGUGGGAAACAUGGUUUUCUCAAAACAGGAUACUCUUAUUGCACUUUUGGUAAGAGCUUUCACGAUAUCUGAUCCGGACAACGCGAUUUCGGAUAUCGUUACUCUCUUUAUGUUCCGGGGAAUCGGUGCUACCCUUCCAACCGCAGCCUGUAACGCCCUACUUUGUGCCCUCACUGAUCCCCCCAGUUGCGAUCCUAUGGAUGAACCUAUAGAAUCUGUAGCAACACGCAUCAGACUCGCUCUCCAAAGGAUGAGAGACCCGGAGUUUCUGGAAGCAUACGCAGCCAAAGUAAGAGAUCAAAUGCAAAACAUUUCGGAUGCGAACAUCGACUGGGAUUUGACCCCACAACGAGGUCAAAUGUUUGUGAACUCAACUUGGCGUUUCGAUUGGACCUCACCACAUUUCGGUUAUCCUUCUCAAACUCAGUUUUUCCAUACGAUUUUGCAAAAACCUCGAUACCUCAAGAUCGUCCAACCAAAUCCAACUCGCCUUGCUGAUGGCUCUUGGAAGACGUACAACGGCGAUGCAGAAGUGACAUUCUCCCUAUUGAAGAACCGGACAGGUCAGUUUGACGAAGCGUUGCAUGGGGAAUUGAAGGCGUUGGGUAUUGAAGAACAGCCAGAAAUUGUAUAUGCCGAUAUCGUGGUCUAAUAGGUGAUCAACGUGCGUAGAAAUCAGCUUAUGAUUAUGGGUUUAUGCUUCACCUUUCAACCUUACGUUGAACUGGCAUUACGGCCUCUUGUACUCACGAUCAUAAAGAACUGUCAACUGAUGACUCAGUUGCUCGUUGCCCUAG